AUGGGAAGGGGGAAGGAGGAGGGGACGAAGAAGAUCCGCCAGAUUCCCAACCGGCGAAGUUCGCGCCGCGGAAUCACGGGGGAGUACAACUACUGCAUCAUAAAGGAUCUCCUAGGCGACGGGAUCUUCGCGGUGAACGGCGACAAAUGGCUCCACCAGCGAAAGCUCGCGAGCCACGAGUUCUCGACGAAAGUCCUACGCAGCUUCAGCAGCGUCGCAUUCAGGAAGAACGCCGCGAAGCUGGCGAAGAAGAUCUCAGCUGCAGCAGCUGGUUCAACUGUGAUUGAUCUGCAGGAUCUUCUGAUGAAAUCGAUGCUCGACUCGAUCUUCAAAGUCGGGUUUGGUCUCGAGAUCGACACACUCUCGGGAUCGGAUGAGUUCGGCGUUUGUUUCAGCAAGGCCUUUGACGAAUCGAACUGGAUCGUCUUCCGUCGGUACGUCGACAUAUUCUGGAGCGCCAAGCGGUAUCUGAACAUCGGGUUAGAAAGGCAACUCAAGAAGAACAUAAAGAUUAUUGACGAUUUUGUAUACCAGUUGAUUCAACGCAAGAGGGAGAACAUGCAGAACGAGCAAGAUGUGAGAAACAAAGAAGAUAUACUAUCAAGGUUCAUACUAGCAAGCAACGAGGACCCUGAUGAGAGAAUAACCGACAAGUACUUGAGAGAUAUAAUUCUCAACUUCCUGAUAGCAGGGAAAGACACCUCAGCGAACACACUCUCAUGGUUCUUCUACAUGCUCUGCAAACACCCAACAAUACAGGAAAGGAUUGCCUUGGAGAUAAUAGAAAGCGUAGGAGAUAAAGUUGUGAGCAACGAGAAAGGAAAUUAUAGUAGUGUUGACGAGUUCACUGCGAGGUUAACUGAACAAUCCAUGGACAAGAUGCAGUAUCUCCAUGCGGCGAUUACUGAGACUCUCAGGCUCUAUCCUGCUGUUCCUGUGGAUGGGAAGUGUGCAGAUGAGGAUGAUGUGCUUCCUGAUGGGUUGAAGGUGAAGAAGGGAGACGGUGUGAACUACAUGAUGUAUGCCAUGGGCAGGAUGACUUACCUUUGGGGCGAAGACGCCGAUGAGUUCAAGCCAGACCGCUGGCUGGCGAACGGAGUUUUCCAGCCGGCUAGCCCAUUCAAGUUUGUCGCCUUCAAUGCUGGCCCUCGAAUUUGUUUGGGAAAAGAAUUUGCAUACAGACAGAUGAAGAUCUUGGCUGCAACUCUCAUUCACUUCUUCAGAUUCAGACUAGAAGAUGAAUCAAGGAGUAUAAAAUAUAGAACAAUGUUUACCCUGCACAUUGAUGGGGGCCUCCCUGUGACUGCCCUAAGAAGAAUCAAAUGCGAAUGA